CGGAGACGACCACAUCUCGAUUUGUGCCCAAAAUGGCUGCUACCGCCACCCCAGCGUCAUCACCAAAGGCACGGUUUGUGCCAGCACAAGCGGCAUGAUCAAUAAAUUCUGAUUGUUUAAUUUCUUGUAUUCAUCAGAGGUUCGGACUUUUCCAGCUGUGGCUUUCGUUUUCUUUUCAUUUUUUCUCAUUUACUCAAGCUCAACAUUUAUUUUUAUUACUUUGUAUCAUUGCAUCGCGCAACGACAAAACAAGUCAAUUUGUCUCAAUGUCGGCUGCCGAUUCUGCAAAUCACAACGAUGAAGUGCCGGCGCCGUUGUUCAAAAAGAGCAAGCGGCGAGGCGCUACAUUCGAAAACGCCGGUGACAACAAGACAUCUGUGAGCCGAUCAGAUGCAGAUAAUGCAGGCGGUGUCGUCGAUGGAGAUUCGGCAGAUGGCCCUGGGCCAACCAAGCAGCUAAAAACAACGAACACUGUGGCCCCCAGCCGCCGGGAAAAUAACUCUGACAAUGACGCCGACACAGGAUCAGCUAACAAUAGCAACACAAUGGCACUAUCCAAAAAAGCUAUGGACUCUACGCGCACCUCAGAGCAUGACGCGCCUGCCGAACUCAAGCAGAGCAUAUCCUUGCAGCAAAGCAAACCAGUUACCGGCUCUAUAGACGCCGGCAGUGAUGGCGCGACGAAUGCUGAAGAGGACGACGGACUGUACAAGGGGAAGAAGGGGUACACCAACAGGGUCAGUGGAACUGGCUCGCGCCGUGCCGGACCAUUCAAAGCACCGGCCAACCUGCGUGCGACCAGCGUGUUUGAUUACCAGCCGAACGUGUGCAAGGAUUAUAAGGAGACCGGGUACUGCGGCUACGGCGACUCUUGCAUCUUCCUCCAUGACCGAGGAACGUACAAAUCUGGCUGGCAGCUCGAGAAGGAGUUUGAGGAAUCACAAAUGGGUAUCCAAAGAGACAAUCCGAAGCUAUGGAAGGUCGAAAAUGUCUCAGACGACGAAGAGAGUAGCGCCAAAAAGGGAUCAGAGAAGCUUCCGUUUGCCUGCCUGAUUUGUCGCAAGCCGUUCCAAAAGCCGAUCAUAACAAAGUGCCAGCACUACUUUUGCGAGGGCUGCGCUUUGAAACACUACCGCAAAACACCAAAGUGCUUUGCCUGCGGAGCGGCGACUGCCGGCGUGUUCAAGCCAGCCAAGAAUUUAGAGCCCAAUAAGAAGUAAGUUGGCGCGCAUAUAUCUGUAGUUACACCGGCCGAAGAAUGUUUUGGACUUGAGUGGGCUUCGUGUGCAACAUGAGAGCGAUGUCCUUUGAUCAAGCGGACAAUUUGCCGCGCCCCUACAUCCCUCUUUUUUCUUUUUUCUUUUCUUUUUGCUU